CGAAGCGACCAACCGGAGAGUGAGACGCGGAGCAGCCGCGUGAGGAACAGAGAGGAGAGCCGCAGCCGGCCGGCGCGAUGACGUGGAGCUCGGACUCCGACCGCGACGAGCCCGUCGCCACCGCCACGGCCUCCUGCCCCUCCUCGCCCACCGCGUUAGCGCAGCCGCAGCAGCUGCCGUCGACGCCGCCGCAGCCUCCUCGCCGGCGGCGCCACCAGCGCGCCAGGCGCCGGGCCAACCGCCGCGCCAGGAGCGCGGUGGUGGAGCAGGAGCAGGAGCAGCCUGCGGAGGUGGAGGCGGAGGACGUGUGGCGCCGGCUGCAGCUGCAGCGGCAGCAGUGGGAGGCGUCGUCCUGGCCGCGGCGGGCGUCGCGGCCCGUGGUGGUGGCUGGAGAAGCGGAGGGCGGCUCCCCCGACGCGGCCCUCUCGAGGGAGGGGAGCGGCGUGGGGAGGGCGCGGAGCCUCACCGACGACGACCUGGAGGAGCUCAAGGGGUGCGUGGAUCUGGGCUUCGGCUUCAGCUACCACGAGAUCCCCGAGCUCUGCGGCACGCUCCCCGCGCUGGAGCUCUGCUACUCCAUGAGCCAGCGCUUCCUCGACGAGCACCAGCAGCUGGAGAAGCCCGAGGAGGCGCCGGCGCCGGCGCUCGCUCCGGCCUCGCCGGCGCAGCCCGUCGCCACCAACUGGAAGAUCUCCAGCCCUGGGGACAGCCCGGACGAGGUGAAGGCGAGGCUCAAGUACUGGGCGCAGGCGGUGGCGUGCACCGUGAGGCUCUGCAGCUGAUCAAUGGCGUCGGCACGAAUCUCUCAAAACAAACACCGCAAAGAACAACGAUGAACUGAAGAAGACAAUGAACUCAUUCAACUCAAUACGGGGCAUCUGCUGAAACUACAGGAAUCGCGGCACCAGGAAGAUCCAUAUCAACAACAAACACAAAGAGAAUGAUAUGCUAACAGUCAAGUCACCUGCAAAUAUCGUCGAAUCUCCCAUGGUCACGACAAUUCAUCAGAAGCACAAAAGUUGCCAAAUCAAAAAUCUUGCCGUCAGAAAUUUUGCCAAAUUACGCGGAGUGGGCCGAGUCCCGUCCGUUCUCCAGCCAUUGUCUGACGUUGUACUCACAUGGAUCCUUGAUUCUCGCCAUAAUUUUUGCCCAUGUAAAACACCACCUGUAAAAUACUGUAUUCAUGAACCUCGAUUCAGACAAAAAAAAAAUCGCAUCAUUCCAGGCCGAACUGUGCCGUCUUUGAUUU